AUGUUGUUAUAUUCUUCCAGGUUGCUGAAUUUAUUAUGUCUUUCCAGAAUCACAAGUUACUUGCUAGCUGUGGGAUUUGUUUUACUGUUUUUGGCACCAUUUAUCAGCGAAUGGGUCCCCUUUUACUACACCAGUUCCAUGGCUAUUGGAGUUCUAGUUGUUGUUCUCAUAUUACUCUAUCAGGCAAGGAAAUUACUACCAACUGGUAGGAGAAAUGCAUUUUACCUUGGUAUAAUGUCCACAGUAGUUUCUGUUUUUGUGGUGCUUGGAAUCAUUUUGUUAGGAGCUGGUUUCGGAUAUUGGCUGGUGAGGAAAUAUAUUAUUUCUGAAGAUGGAGAAGUUGAUGUUGGAGUUGCAGUCACAUGUAUUAUCCUGAGCACGAAAGACACCCAUUUGGCAAUGGCUGCAGUGGGGUCUUGUUUUGGUGUAUACUACAUGAUCACGAAGAUUGUAAGGAAAAUGCCAUGUAGGAUCUAUGCAACCGUCAAAGAGCUCAGUCUUGAAUGUAUCAUUCCAUUGGAAUGGACGAUUCUUGAAUGA